CAUAACGUUAUGCAAAACCUGUUCACGAUGGACGACAAACUAACGUAACACAGAGAAAAGGGGCCAAAAAUGGCGCAAAUAAGUAAGAAAAUGAAGAACAAACGGGCCCAGCUCCUGGAUGUGAAGAAGAUAGAUGCUGAAAAGUCCCGUCAGAGGGAAAUUGAGGAGAUAAAUGUGGUGGGGUAUCAGUGCAAGCUGUUCCGAGACGACGAGAGGGCAUUGGCGAUCGAUCGAGGGGAACAUUUAAUUCCGUGGAUGGGGGAUUCCUCGUUACAGAUUGACCGGUAUGAUGGGCGAGCUCAUUUACAUAGUCUCUCGGAGUAUCAAUCAGUAGGGUGGGUUUCCAGUCGACAAAACAUCUCAGCAGAAGAGGAAAGAAUUGAAGCUGUAUGUGAUGAGGAAAGAUAUAUGGCACUUCAUAAAGAUAUGAUGGAAGAGGAGCAGAGACAAGAGGAAGAGGUUAAGAGAUUGAAUAUAGCAAUCGCUUCUUCCGACAGCUCCUACAUGUACAAUGAAGUAGCGUUUUCUUACGGAGCUGGAAAUGAUGAAUAUGAUCCGAUGAAACCUACAGAAGAUGAAUCUGAGCAAUUUGCCAAGACUCCGCCCAGAUGCGAGUCCCCAGAACUGGAAGAGCCAUUUAUAGCUCCUGAAGAAUUGAACAUCCCUGUAGGAGUUCAGAUGCCUGGAACAAGAAAGACACAUAAAUUCAUGGAGAAGACGGCUAUGUUCAUCGUUGGUCAGGGCUUACAGAUGGAAAUCAUACUCAAGACAAAACAGGCCAACAAUCCCCAGUUUGCCUUCUUACAGUUUGACCACUACCUCAACCCUUACUAUAAACAUCUUCUUAAAUGUAUCAAAUCAGGCAAAUAUAAGCCGCUACCUGAAGAAGAAGAAAACCAUAAGAAUAAGGGUGGAAAAAACAGGGUACGAAGAAACAGUAAUGAUGAAGAUGAUGAUGAGGAUGAUGACGAUGAUGACGAUGAUAAUGAUAAUAGCGGCUACCUUCAUCCAAGUCUUCUUUCCAAGCCACGCCCAACACCCAUGCAGACUGGGACAACAACAAUUCAUACCUCGCUACCUCCAGUGUCAUCUUACCCACCCAUGGACUUCUCUAAACCACCUCCAAUCAUGGGAUAUCAUGACCCAAACUUCCUGGGCCCUUCAGCGGACCGUAGUGGUAUGGCUCCUUCAGGAUACUAUGAUCCUAAUAUGUACUCUAUGUUCCCACCCCCGCCUCCACCCCCUCCUACGGAUGGUUCAGGGAUUGCCUUAUCACUACCAACAGUGCCACCACCACCCUAUGCAGGGAUGGAUCCUCAGUAUGUAAUGUCUAGCAUCAAUCCCAAUCACCAUGCACCCCUGAGCCGAGACACCUCUACACUACCUCACCAAGAUUCACCAUCAGUGCCACCAAUGUCAUCCAAUAUGGCAGGAUCAUCGCCAUCUACAGAUAGCAGCGAGUCUGAAGUACACCAAGUCAUUCCACCACCUCCAGACAUCCAACCAGUUAUUGACAAGUUGGCUAAGUAUGUUGCUAAGAAUGGUAAUGACUUUGAGGCUAGUGUUCGUAGUAAGACAGAUCCACGGUUUGAUUUCCUCUUACCCUGGCAUAAAUACAAUGCUUACUACAUGCAGAAGAAGAAGAUGUAUGUGAAGGAGAUGGGAGGCAUAAUGGAGGAAGGUGAUGACAACCCUAAGAAAGUUUCUGUGAGCUUCUCAAUAAAAUCCAAAGGUCCUAAAGAAGAGCGCCCUCUAGAGAGGAAAAGUGCUUUACCAAUUGAGAGCAGUGACUCUGAGAAUGAGGAUGAGAGACCUCAACCUAAACCUCUACCUCAAGGAUUCAUGGAUUCUGACAUCAUACCUCCUGCAUUCAGACGACCAAUCAGAGAGGAGUUAGAACGUCAUCGUAACAUUCCAAGAGAAGAUGAGAUUAGAAGUGGUGACCGUGAGGGUCAAAGGUCAUGGGGUGACUAUCCAGGUCAACCUCGAUUUAACCCUGCAUUCAGGGAUGGACCUCAUGGAGAGGGUAAUAACCCUCCAUAUGAGGGAUAUUACCAUGAGGGUUAUAGAGAACCUCCACCCUACAGGGAACCAGGUUGUGCAGAGUACCAGGAACAUCCUGGUACUUCUGCAGAGCUGGGACUGUCCAGACUGAGAACUGGUUUUGAUCGAGGACGAAUGACUGAGGAAGAAUGGGAAAUAAAACAAGUUAAGAUGCGCCUUGAGGAUCGCUUAGCCCAUGCAGCCAGAGAGAAAAUGGCCUUUGCAUCUAAAGAUCGAAUCCAACAAAUGGAAAGACGUAAGAAAGCAGCUGUAUUCUUGAGUAUGAUCAAAGAUAGGCCUCAAGCUGGAGCUGCUGCUGAAAUAGAUAUCAUUGAUACAGAUGUUAAUGACAUUCCGACUGAAUCAAACAGUCCACCUCCAGAGAAACAGCAGCGUAUCCAUAGCAACGAAAGGAAACGACAUAAGAAGCACAAACAUAAACACAGCAGUCGACACAGUCCUUCUCCUGAAAGAAAACACAAACGUCCCCCACGCUCCUACCAGGGUGGUAAUCGUGUAUCCAAAGAGACAGAACCCAAACAGAGGUCAAGGUCAAUCUCUCCUGGUGGAAAGUCACGACCUGUGACCCCUCCAAGGUCAUACCAAACAGGCCAUAAUAGGUCACAAAAGCAACGACGGAGGUCUAAAUCGAGAUCCACUUCCCCAAUCCGACCUCUACGAACCUCAGGGUCAUCACCACGGAGAUCAAGUUCUCUUGGUGCUACAGGUACACAUGUACCAAGCAAAUCAAGGUCCCAGUCUCCAGAGAAUAACAACAAAGAAGAAAUAGCAGCGACGUCAAUAAUGCCUCCCCUUCAAGAGGAUCAUUCCCCGCCCCCUCCUCCUAUUGCCAUCCAUACAGAGAAUCUCAUCAAAGAAACAAGUGACUCCAAUUCCCCAACUGAACUUCUUAAAGAACCAACAGAGGAAAAUGGAUCUUCAGUGUCGGCUCCUAAAGAGGCUGGCCAAAAAGAUGAUUUCCGGGCCAAAAUCCGUGCAAUGCUUGCUGCCACCAGACAGAUGGAUUUUGAACCAAGCUAGCAGUCUCUGGGGUCAACUGAUCAGGUCAAUGUUAAGGUCAAAAGUUACAGAACAGGAAGAUGAGCAUAAAAGAAGAAAUGGUUACGAUUCUCAGGGAUUCUGCACUUCGGUUUUAAAAAUGUGUGUGAAUCUUUUACACUUUUUUUUUAAAUUAAAAAUGUUGUGACCCAAUGUUACAAAUGUCAAGCUUGAGGCCUGUAAUGGGUUGGAGAUAUGAACCAAAUAAUUGCCUUCAAUAAAACAAAGCAUGGCACCCAAGGCUUUCCCAAAAUGAGACUAGGUAAACCAACAGUUCUUUUCAGAACCACCCCAACUCAUUAGAUAUAGUCAUUACAUGGUGUUACCACAAACCUUUCUAUAAGGUAUACCCUUGUUGGGUUUACUGGAUCCCAACUGGGUAACGGUAUAUCACAGUUGGGCUACAGUAACCUAGUUGAUUGUUCCACUAUAUACCAGUUGGAUAAUAGUAACUUACAUGUAGUUGGGGAGUACAGUAUAUCCCAUUUGGGUAAGAGUAACCCAGUCGGUUGUUACUGUAUUAUCCCAUUAAUUUGGGUAACAUUAUAUCCCAGUUGGGUAUUACGGAACACUCCAUUUGGGUAACAGUAUAUCCCAUUUGGGUAAGAGUAACCCAGUCGGUUGUUACUGUAUUAUCCCCUUAAUUUGGGUAACAUUAUAUCCCAGUUGGGUAUUACGGAACACUCCAUUUCGGUAAACAGUAUAUCCCAUUUGGGUAACAGUAACCUAGUCGGUUGUUACUGUAUUAUCCCAUUAAUUUGGGUAACAUUAUAUCCCAGUUGGGUAUUACGGAACACUCCAUUUCGGUAACAGUAUAUCCCAUUUGGGUAACAGUAACCCAGUCGGUUGUUACUGUAUUAUCCCAUUAAUUUGGGUAACAUUAUAUCCCAGUUGGGUAUUACGGAACACUCCAUUUCGGUAACAGUAUAUCCCAUUUGGGUAAGAGUAACCCAGUCGGUUGUUACUGUAUUAUCCCAUUAAUUUGGGUAACAUUAUAUCCCAGUUGGGUAUUACGGAACACUCCAUUUGGGUAACAGUAUAUCCCAUUUGGGUAAGAGUAACCCAGUCGGUUGUUACUGUAUUAUCCCCUUAAUUUGGGUAACAUUAUAUCCCAGUUGGGUAUUACGGAACACUCCAUUUCGGUAACAGUAUAUCCCAUUUGGGUAACAGUAACCCAGUCGGUUGUUACUGUAUUAUCCCAUUAAUUUGGAUAACAUUAUAUCCCAGUUGGGUAUUACGGAACACUCCAUUUCGGUAACAGUAUAUCCCAUUUGGGUAAGAGUAACCCAGUCGGUUGUUACUGUAUUAUCCCAUUAAUUUGGGUAACAUUAUAUCCCAGUUGGGUAUUACGGAACACUCCAUUUGGGUAACAGUAUAUCCCAUUUGGGUAACAGUAACCCAGUCGGUUGUUACUGUAUUAUCCCCUUAAUUUGGGUAACAUUAUAUCCCAGUUGGGUAUUACGGAACACUCCAUUUCGGUAACAGUAUAUCCCAUUUGGGUAACAGUAACCCAGUCGGUUGUGACUGUAUUAUCCCAUUACUGAACACUCCAUUUGGGUAGCAGUUCAUCUCAUUUGGGUAACAGUAUAUCUUAAUUGGGUUAGUGAGUGUAAUAUUGGGGCAUUUCCCCGCAGGCCUACUGCUGUUUUUACAGAAUAAACGGGUGUCCCUUCUUUAGUGACUGCUGUCCUGAAAUGAGGGACAUUAAAGUGACUAAAUUACACUUCAUAAAGCUGGUCAAGUACAAACAUCACUUACCAUAUAAAACAUUGCUUAGCAGAAAUGCAGUAUUUCAUAUUGCAACUGAUGCCUCAUUGUAACCUUAGGGAAUACAUCAAAAUACUCAUCAGCAUUUGAGCAUUUUUUGUUAAACAGCUUCAUAAAAUUGGUCUUUGAUUUCUUGAAGCUACUCUGCCCCACAAACUUGCUAAACAUAGACAAAUCAUGCUUAGCAGAAAUUCGGAGACCAGCUUAAAUGUCAUUGAAUUAACUGGUUACUGUCCCUUCUAAUUCAUGCUUAUCAGCUGAAUUCUUAGGUUGAUCAUCUGCAGUUUUGUAAGCAUUGCCAAUUAUAGACAACUACUGCUUAAUGAGUUAAGUGCUUAGUAGAAGACGCGGAGAACUUGCUCAGAACUUAGGCAGUAAUGAUUAUAAAAGACUUUAGGAAUGAGUUGAUUGCAUUGUACAGCAGUAAUGUGCAACAUUCCAAUCUUGUCUUAUGUGAUAGUGUGAUGAAAUUAAAAACAACUUAUUUCAGUGUUGAUUUGUUCCCAUUAAUUGGGAACUGUAAAACUUUAUUUUUAUUUUUGUUUUUCGAUGAUUAGUACCUGCCACUUCUAACAACUUAAUUUGGAAAUGAGAUUUCAAGUGAAAGUAAGAAUUGGUUUUUAAGGCUUUAUUUUCUCAAAGAAAAUGAUGCCAGUGAUACUCAAGUUUAUGGGUGAUACUCAACCAAAUGAAUUUGCUGCAAAAAAACCCAAUUUGUACUUUCUCUUUAAAUUAAAAUGUCUUUGCUUUUUUUAAAAAGAUUUAUAAGUUCUAAAGAGGAUGUUUCAUUGUUCCUUGAUCGCUUAAACUGUUAAACCAUUAUUUUCUAAAUUAGGUAUGGAGGGUUGGCACAUGACUGUACGGCUGGUUUUUGUCAUGUGACUAAAGUAAACAAUAUUCACUUAAAAAGUCUCAAAGAGACUCAUUUAUCAAGUUUGAUGGCCAUUCUUGAGUCAAAGGCAGCUUAACUUAAUUGUCUUUCAAGAAAGAGAAAAAUGUUGGUUAACCAAUGAUACAAAGUGUGUUGUCUGCAGAGGUUUGAUGUUUUCUGCAUUAACUUCAAAGAGAACUUGGCACUCUAAAAAAAACAUUUAAUAGUAGCAACAUAUCUUAAUAAUCCACUAAGAUUAAAUUCAAUCAAAUUUAAACUUCAUUAUUAGAAAUUCUUUCUAUUCAAACUGAUCUCCCCAGUUGGUAAAUCAAAAUGUAAUUUUAAUGUUCAACACUUUAGUAAGUGGCAGACUAUGUAAUAAAUAAAAUAAAUAUGCUACAUAUAAUAGGUGAUCAAAUAACUUUGCUAUUUUUGAAACAAUAGUGAAUACUAGGGCUAGACUAAUGCUCAGCAUUAAUAAAGCUACUGCUACUUGUAUUAGUACUGUCAUUGAAUCAAGAUAAGGUACAGCAUUGGUAUUGUUGGCAGACAUACUGCUACUGGCAUGCUUUAUAAUACUACGUGUACAUGAGCAUAUUGUUAGAACACAAGUGAUAAAUUUGCAUAAAUCUGCAUACCGCGCAGUUGGUUGCCUUCAAAUUGCCUUGUGUGGUAAGGCCCGCAUUUUCACAGAAUAAAAGAAAGGGUAGUUCAGAGCUCAUACAUGUACUAAGAUGACAGAGAAAAUGUUUAUUGUUUUCCUGUACAUUCCAUUUACUACUUUAAAAGAAGCUUGGAAAUUCUAUUCAUUUUUUAAGAUGAAGCAUUUUCUUUAGAAGAAUCAGCUUUAAUAAGCAUCACUAGUAGUCGAUCUGGGCUAAACUGUAUGUAUCUCGUUCCAAUCUUGUGGGUCUAAGAGAACUCUGCGGUUUUUAACAGAGUAAUUGCUGGAAGUUCCCCACUGAACUCGUUUUUCAGGCAUCUUUUUAUACACACUGUCUAGCCUAAAGCCAAUGCUGAACCCCUAACCCUAGUUUUCAAGGUUAAAUAAACACUUUGAACAUUUCUCUUCAAAAACAUUCAUGUCAACAUUUUGUGAUGGUAUUUAUAUCCCCAUUUGAAAUGAGGUUAUAAACUUAAUCGACUUUCUGACAUUUUCAAAAUUAUUAAAACUAACUGUGAAACUUUCUAGUUAUUCUGAAGUUAAUGGUUAAACCAUGAAUUUAAGCAUGAACUCUAAUAGUUGAAGUGAUUUAACAUAAUGGCCAACAGAUUGCUUGAGAAUUUCAAUGUAGAAAAUCAAGUUAUAUGAAAAGGGAACCAGGUUGAGUCCUGGCAAAGACUGUCUGAUCAUACAAUGUUGAAACAUAUAGCAAAGUGCAUGAAAUUAAAAUGAUAAAUCAGGGCAUACGUAAAGGAUAAUGCCCGAGAUGCGCGCCAUUCAGGAGUAGGACCCCCUUGGGCAAAUCCAACCCACGUAUGGCGCAUACACCGAGGGCAUUAUGUGACUUAACCUCCACCUGUGAUGUCAUGCUGUUAACCAAGCGCUCCAUUAUUUCACAGGAAUGGCGUGAUAUUGUGUAAAGGUAGCCAUCGAGCCAUUCAGUCAAAAUAAUGGAGGGAUGGAACAAUACCUUGACAUCACAAGUGGAGGUUAAAAUAAGUUGUUCUUAAUUGUAUUGUACCUUAAGAGGGUAAUGGGUCUGAAAGUCCAAUUUCAGAGACUCGCAAAGCAGGAAAACAGUAAAUACAACUUAGUUACCAUUCUAGUAACCAGAUUCUGCUAAGUAUUAUUUUGUAUUUUUUAAUUUCAAAAUGAGUGAGUUUUCUGACUGCGAUGCUGAACAUUUCAUUGAUGUAGUGUUCAUGCACAGUUUGCAAGAAACUGACAUCUUGUGGUUUUUCAUGUUGUGGUUUUUCAUCUUGUUGUCUAAAGGCAAGGCGGAAGAUAAGCAAGAAACACAGUUUGUUGAAGCAAUUUUAUUUCUCACUUAUUCCAAUACUUUAUCUUCUUAAGUUUAUUAACAAUCCUGACUUUUAUUUGUCUGUCUGUGGCUAGAGCUUUUAGGAUGGUUGGCAUAGAGUUGCUUAGUAUUUGGGUUGUGUAUUCUUUUCUGUUAUUGUGUUCUUAUUUUAAAGACUUUUUUUGUGAUCAUUGGCUGGCGAUCUUUUGGUUACCAAUCAAGUUUAGAAUUAAUUUUCUGAGGAAUAGCAAGAUUUCUAUGAAAUGAGCCGCGAAUUGCUUAAGAAGUGCGUUUGUGAAAUCAAAAAGAAGAAGUGUAUCUUCAUUUAUAGUAGGAAAACUCAGGUUUAUAUCAAAUAAAAAAGUGUGUGAAAAAAUGUCAUAUUUUGUCUAAUUUUGUGUUAUUUUUAUAAAAGCAAGCGUGCGAUUUUCUAAAUGAAAUGUUUGUUUAUUCCUUAGAGAAUUAAACUAAACAUUAAUUGGUAUCAAAGGAUUACUUGCAUAGAGCUGCUACCAAUUUGCUUGCAUACAAAUAUUACGCUUAGAAAUUUCCACAGGUUGUAAGCCCAAAGUUAAUGUGAUCCAACAAAAAAUUGUGAUAGUUUUUGUUCUUAUUUUUGCUUGGAUAGUGCAUCUCGCUUAGCAAUAUUUCCUGCAUUCAGGUCUUGCUUUCUGCAACAUUUUACAGUGUGUAAGUAUUUCAUAAAAGUGAACUGUGUUGGCAGUAACUUUCAUGUGUGUGGAACUUUUGGUACUUUGAUUUGACCACAGGUACAAGAACCCUCGAUAUGACAUUUUGAUAAGAUGCUAGUGUUGGUACCACAAGGGAAAAAAUGAAAAGUUGUUGUAGUAGUUGUCAGAAUGGAUACUCUGGUUCGCACCUACAUCAUUUUACCAAUCUCUUGAAACUGUUCAUGGGUUAUUUACAAAACACCGAGUAUGGCUAUGUGCUCUUAUUUAAAUACCUAUUUUAUACAACGUGGAGGAUCAAAUUGCUUCCUUUUAAAGAAUUCUGAAAUAAUUAGUUGAUGGCAGUCGUGUAAAAACUAUCGCCAGUGUUUUCUACUUGUAAGAGAAGGAAGUUACAACAUAAAUGAAAUGUUUGUCAUUUUUGGAAGUUGGUCACAACCUUAACGAUGUUGUAAACGAUAGCUCAAUUUGCCAACAGAAGCUCGCAUCUGAGUUAUACUCAGAUACUCAUUAUAAACUAGUAAAAAAUAUUCACAUUAAAAAAAUAAUGAAAAAUGCUCACAUUCAAGUACGGUGAAGUUUUAUGAUAUUUUGUGGUGAGGCAGGAUAUGGGUACGGAAUUCUGCAAACAAAAAGGCCAUUUUAAAAGACUUAUUGUAUAUUAUCUUCUUCCCCUUACUAUGAAACAUCUGGUUUGGUUUUAUUGUUGUCUGGGGUUCUAAUUCAAAUGUUUUUACAUACACAUGUAACUAAAGACAGUCAUGGGUUGUUUUGGCUUGUAUACCUUCAUUCUAAAGUCAUUUUACUUAUUGAUGUAUGGGGUUUUAAUUCAGGUGAAUACAUAGAUAUGAAGUAACAGGAAAACGGUCCGACUCCUGUGUAACAUAAACAGAAACACUAUUGAUUAUUGCUAAGGAAUAUAGGGAGCAUGACAAAAAUAAAGAUUUUUUUCCUUUCAUUCUGCCAAUCAUAGUUUAAUGGAAAAUGAAAUAAAUUCUCGCUUUGUUGUAAAACCUGU